GCUGCGGGAGGAGCGCUGGGCGGGGGGCCGCCCCCCCCGGGGGGCGGAGCCGCCGUCUCCCCCCGCCCCGUCCCCGUCCCUCGUCGGCGGCGCGGUGCGGGGCGGGCGGCGCUCCCCGCCAGCGCACCGGCAUGAAGGAGCAGUCGCUGCCCGGCACCUCGCUGCAGCGGGCCUGCCGCCUCCUCGUCGCUUUCUGCGCCCUCCACCUCUCGGCCACGCUGCUCUACUACCUGGCGGGCAGCGCCCUGGGGCCGCCGGGCAGCCCCGAGCCGCCGCCGCGCCGCCCGCCGCCCGCCAACCUCUCGCUGCCGCUCUCCCGCCCGCCGCCGCCCGCCGCCGCCCGGCCCCGGCCCCCGCCCGCCUCGCCGCCGCCGCCGGGACCCUGCCCCGAGCCCUCCCCGCUGCUCGUUGGUGCACUACGUGUGGAGUUUUCCCAGCCUGUGAACCUGGAAGAAGUGGCGAGAAUCAACCCCGAGGUCAAACCAGGAGGUCGUUUUGCUCCAAAGGAUUGUAUAGCACUUCAAAAAGUAGCAAUAAUCAUACCAUUCAGGAACCGAGAGGAGCACCUGAAGUACUGGCUCUAUUACCUACAUCCAAUUCUCCAAAGGCAGCAACUAGAUUAUGGAGUAUAUGUUAUCAAUCAGGAUGGAGAAGAAGAAUUUAACCGUGCUAAACUGCUGAAUAUAGGAUUCGCAGAGGCCUUGAAAGAGUAUGACUAUGAUUGCUUUGUGUUUAGUGACGUAGACCUCAUCCCAAUGGAUGACAGGAACACCUACAAAUGUUACAGCCAGCCACGGCACCUCUCUGUAUCCAUGGAUAAAUUUGGAUUUCGGUUGCCUUACAAUCAGUAUUUCGGAGGCGUGUCUGCCUUGAGCAAAGAACAGUUCACAAAGAUCAACGGGUUCCCAAACAAUUACUGGGGCUGGGGUGGUGAAGAUGAUGACAUUUAUAACAGGCUGGUGUUUAAAGGCAUGGGGAUAUCCCGUCCAGAUGCCAUCAUCGGCAAGUGCAGAAUGAUUCGGCAUUCCCGGGACCGAAAGAACGAACCCAACCCCGAGAGGUUUGACCGAAUUGCUCACACAAGGGAGACAAUGAGCUCUGACGGCUUAAAUACACUAUCCUACAAGGUGUUAAGAACUGACAAGUACCCUCUGUAUACAAAGAUCACAGUGGACAUUGGCUCACCAAAUAGCUAACAUCAGAGACACAAGAGAGAUCUUGCCUGUGUUGCCGAGGACAUCUGGCCUCACUGAUAUUAUAUCUGCUGGUUUUAUAACAGUUGCAAUGAACAAAAAAAAAAAAAAAAAAAAGCCUCAUGGCAUGCCAAAGCUCUCCAAAUUGGUUGGACAAGUGCUUUUUUUCCUUCUUUUUUUUAAAAAAAAAUUCCAAACUUGACUUUACAGUUUUCUAGCUCUCCAUUGUUUUGUAAGUCCUGAAGCUGUACAAAAGAGUUGUAAAUAUUUACUUUGCCAGAAAAUGUUGAAUCUGAUCUAUUUGCUGCAUUGCUCCCCAUGUUGAGUUAAUUGCUGGACCCAGAUUUUACUGAUUACAACUGUGAUGCAUCAGCAAUUACUGCCCAUUAUAUUUGGUAUUUUAAAUGAGGUGGAUGAAAACAUCCUUUUAAUUAAUUCCUGGUUUUACUUUAUGAAGGACUGUAAAAUGCUGCUAAAAUUGUACAAGUUUACGUUUUGCAUUAGAUGGUUUUUUUUAAUGGAGACAAUAUCAUAUAUUUUUUUCUCAUAGUGACCAAAACAAACAUCUCCUCUGUGUGCAGAGCAAAUGUUGAACAAUCGAGUCUGGAUUCAAUGAAUGUCAUUAUUUCUUUUAGUCUCAAAGGAGGCUUUGAGUGAGUUGAGCCAGAGUUUGCCAGAACUUGCCAGUGAGCUCUCUGCAUAAGGUGGGAGCUACACAGAUGGCAUCUGCAAAAACCGCUGGCUUCAGAUAACCUUAUUUCUGGAUGUGAUAGUGACUCUUUGCCUCAGCCCGAUUAACACCUGGGGCUUUUGAGGGGGGGUGGGGGAGUGGAGGGUGUGGGGUUUUUUUGUUUGUUUUUGGUUUUUUUUUUUGUUUGUUUUGUUUUGUUUUUGUUUUUUUUCUGAAAUAAAGACAGAUUAAUUUAAUUGUGUGAUGAGAUUAUGGCCUUAAAAUUUGCUGUCACUUAUUAAUAGUGGUAGAAAGUUAACACGCUAUUUAAACAUUGUCUGAAGCUUCCUAAAACCAAAAUUUUUACUGCGAGGUCAUGCAUAAAACUUGAAUUCACUUAUUACUUCUGUUGUUGUUGUAACAUUUUAAUAACAUUUUAAAGUAAUUUGUAUAUUAUAAGCAGUAUAUUUAAUACUAGAUUAAACUAGGGUGCAGCAUUAUAGGAUAUGAUUCAAGGCCUCUUUUAUCUUCAGACUAGUAGGCUUUUUAUGUGCGUCAUUAUAUAGAAGCCAUGUAUUAUAUUUGCUCUGCUAUUUGUCCAUGAAAUCUCCUGCGGUGCUGAGAUACUCACAGCAGGGCUGACAUCCAAUCAGUUUUUCUUUGCCUAAAGCCUGUUGCAAUGUGUGUCCUCUAUCGGGAAACUCUUCUGAUUUUCUCAGGCUUUGAGGGACAUGCAUGUUUUGGAGUACUACUUUUUGUCAGUGCACCAGGGCACCACCUGUACAGACACCCUGCUUUCCUUCCCGUGACCGUAUGAAAGCCUCAAGCGCUGACACCUUUGGAGCUGGUUUAUGUGAUUAAAAGUUCUCAGUCAGCACUGAGAACUGAAUUCCUUCUGGUGAGUAUUUUGCCACCAGCUCUGACCACAGCAAUUUGCACUUCCUUGGCCUGUGCUGAAGGCUGUUAAAAUCAGGGAUGCUUGUUGUAUUGGGGAUCAUCUUCAGCACUGCCUUUUUUUUUUUUUUUUUUUUUCCUUUUUGGUGUUUUUUUUUAGUUUCUUCUUCUCUUUGGUUUGUUUUUUUUGUUGAGACCUGAAGGUUUUGCUGAACCCUUGCACUGUAGGGGUGGGAUCCUGCAGGGGCCAGGGGACAGUGCAUUUUUUCUUAGGCCAGCAGUGGCUCAAAAUAUGCACAGAGACUUUAAUUACUAGGGAGACGACUAGCUGCCUUUUCAGUCUCACUUUGAAAAAGUGUUCACCCCCUUAGCUUAAAAGCUGUUGCUGGCCAGACUUCUUGCUUCAGUCAUGCUGGGAGCUGAGCAAAGGUGGGCUUGCAUGGAUCAGGAGUGAAGCCCAAGGAAGCAGGUUUAUGUUUAAGAGCUGCUCUCUUGUGCUUAUCGUUGCAUUAAAAAAAAAAAAAAAAAAAAAUUACUCCUUUUUAGCAGGUCAGGCUCCAGCUCUUGCUGGAGUACAAGGGGGUACAAGAAGAGGAUGUGUUACAUAAGUUAGGUCAAAUGUCUACCCGUAAAACAUCGGUGUAGCUGUAGUCUGCACCAGUAAUGGAGACGCGAGGACUUUGUAUUUUAUUUUUUCAAAUGUGCCUUAGAAGCAGGGCCCCACUCCCACAGAUGGCAGGUCAGCACCUAAACUCAUUGAGGCUCCACUGAAAAUCCCAGGUCUCUGCAGAGAGCACCUCGAUUUUGGGCUGAGCCUUUUGUAAUUUGAAGAUUUAGGGCCUUUAGCUGCAGUGGUGUCUGUCUACUAACAGGCUAUGCAAAAGGACUACCUGUUGUAAUUGGCGGGGGCGGGUUUCAUUGCCUUGGGAUUCUCUGAAGUUUAGAAAAAAGUGUAACAACUUGUUUCGCUGUAUGCUGAAAUCAUUUAAUACCGUGGAGGUAGUCUGAGCAUUUAUUUCUGGCUGUUGCAAAGGUCUCUACACAUGUGCCUUGUAAGAGGAGAGCAGUGGGAACUGGAAAACCAGGAAACCUGAAAACCAUUUUUAGCAGAGAGACGCUAGCGGUGCAAGAAACUGCCGGUUAGUUUCUUUUCUGCUCAAGCCACAAGCCAUGUAAAAGCCGCAGCUGCCUUUCGUUGCUUGUUUUGCUCUUCAUUGCUGACCUGUGAUUUCCAGAUCUCAUUGCCCCUGUGUAAACUCUAUUGCUCAAACUCAUGAAACACUCUUGACUCAACGUGGCCAUGAAAUUUCUCUCCCUGGGAUUUUCGGGGUGCUUUUCUACAAAUGCUCAUGUUGCACAGAAGUGAAUUCUGGCCAUGACCUGUGGUGGGUGGUGUUUUUUCCUCUCCCAUACUGGUAGCAACACUCUGUGUGUAACAGUUGAAACCCAGAACAAAAAGCUGCAAAAGAAACUCUAAUGCUUGGUUUCUUUGGGAUUACUGUUGCUUGUGAGGAUGAGGGAGGGUCCUGGCAUGCAGUUUUUCCCUGGGAUGUUACUUGUGUACUGAACUGCUUAUGGGUUUCCUGUAGAUGGUUUUGCUUUUGCAUUUUUAUCAUUUAUAUAUCAAGGGAUGUAUAAUCUGAUGUUCCUACUUUAUUAUUGAUGUCAAAUAAAGUAUUUUCAGUUACGA